AUGUGCCACGGCCAUUCCUCCAGGAAGAGCGAAGGUGGGGCUAUUGCCAUUCUUCGAGGGGAAGGGAGACAAAGUGGUGCUCUUUUCAACGCCAAGAUCACAUUGAAAAAUUUCGAAGAGGACGUCUCGACACAUGCAACCUUUUUAUUUGAAAGGACCAAUAGAAUACCCUCAUUGGGUUCUUGUACGCUCAUAAUCCAUCAAGACGGGAACCUAAAUUAUGAAGAUACAACCCAAGAACCAUUGCACUACAUCCCAUUCAAUAUAUAUGGGGAGCAGGCGUGCGAAAUGUCGUUGCCCGCGAGACUAGACCUCGGAGUUGGUGGCCAAGGCGUCAUCGGCCGGAAAAUGUCCCUGAUGAACAGCAGGCAGGUGAUUGCGGAAGGCAUCAUUGGCUGGAAUUAG